ACCCGGAAGUGGGGCGGUACUGCUGUUUUGCUGUCGAGUCACCUCUGUCAGGAUGGAAGAAAACGAGCAGCUAUCAUGCUGAUUAACGAAGGAUGCCGACUGCCGACCACCAUAAACCUGGCAUAGUUCGAGUACAUUCGACGUACAGCUUAAACCCCUGCAUCGUUUUCUGCGACGCUUUGGCAAAAUGAUGGAAGAAAUCGACAGGUUCCAAGUGCCUCCAGUUAACGGAGAGACACAGCCUCUGGACCCCGCAGCAUCUUCCACCUCAGAGGCAGAGCCUGACACUAAGGGAGAAAGUGUGGCCAUGAACUACAAGCCCUCGCCACUGCAGGUCCAAAUAGAGAAACAGAGGGACCUUGCCAGGAAGGGAUCGGUGAAGAAUGGCACCGUGGGAAGUCCUGUCAAUCAACAACCCAAGAAGAAUGCCAGGACAAGGCUGGUGGUGCCAAACAAAGGCUACUCCUCCUUAGACCAGAGCCCAGAUGAGAAGCCUCUGGUAGCGUUGGACACAGACAGUGACGAUGACUUUGACAUGUCCAGAUACUCCUCAUCAGGAUAUUCCUCAGCCGAGGUGAGAUGUCUGAGGGACCAGCAGAUCAACCAGGACCUGAACAUCCAGCUUCUGAAGGACGGUUACCGACUCGAUGAGAUUCCGGAUGAUGAGGAUCUGGAUCUGAUCCCUCCUAAAGCAGUCAACCCCACUUGUAUGUGCUGCCAGGCUGCUCCCUCCACAGCCUGUCAAAUCCAGUAGCGCUAACCCCACCUACACAGUCUCCUCCCUGCCACCUGUACUGAGGCCAACAACUGACCAGAGUGGCAACAGAGGAAGAAAAAUUAAAGGCUGGCAAAGGCACAAAGGGAAAAAAAACAAAACAAGGGUUUAUAAAUGCGAAAAUUGAAUAUGUACAGUAUCUGUGCAUGUUCCUCCUAUGGUAGGAUCUGUGCAUCUUACUUCUGCAUUGUUGGUUCAAAAGGGACUCGACUGAUGGCAGAAACAUUACCUCUAAGAGAAACACACGACUUUGUUUGAACUUCCAUCUCAUGCUUGUGGAUUUUCUGGCUUAAACGGACCGCGAUGGUGCAACACUGGUGAAGAAGAAAAACCGUAAAAUAGGAUGACAGGAGCUCAACCAAAUACGUGCGAUGGUGACAGGUUGUGAUUACCUUGUCAGCCGCCCAUCCAAGCAGAUGACUUCUUCUACUGAUGUACACAAAGGACAAGAAGAGAUCGGAAGCUUUGUAGUGGCCAUUGUUUUUUCUUUUUUUUUUCUUUCAGCCAGUCUGCUUCGUCUUCCUGUGUAUAUAUGUGUCAAACGUGAUGUGUCUGAUUAAGCCCAGGAACACCGUGCUAAACCAUCAAGCUGCCGAGAAAACACUAAUGCUAUAAUAAAGUAGUAAUCCAGAUUUUUUUCUUUUUAUUUAUUUUUUAUUUUACAUGUUUAUCUGUAACACAAAGAUUGUACUGGGCCGUUGUUUUAUAUUUAGUUUAAAAAAAAAAAGAAGCAGAAAAAUGCAUGUUGCCUGUUAACACUGUGCCCAGAUGACCAGCCUGUGCAGAUAAUUUAUCUGUUUUUAUUGACCUCUUAGCACAUCCUUGUGCUGAGGAGACAUUAAUGUGCUUUCAGAAACAUAGUUAAUCUCAUUUAGGUUCACAUACUGUAAUAUCAGUAAAUCUAGUGAAACCAUUCUGAUAGUGUCAGCUCAGCGAGUAAGUGUGUACUUAAAGUGUGUUUGUCUGCAUUAGCCUCCCUCAGUGACGGUUCACAUAAACUUAGGAAAGUAGUAGAAAGAAAAGGGCUUGGAAAUUGGAAAUACAUUGGUAGGGAUGUAGUAUUGGUCACACAUACAGGCUUCUGAAGGAUGUUGAAGUGAUCUCAUAAUGCUUGGAUGCUGAUUUUCUUUUUUAAUCUUAUCUUUUUCCUCUAUUUUCCCUCAUUCUUCUUCUUUUUUUUAGAUAGGAACAUUAACAUGCCAUCCCUUUUAUUUUUACGUUUUUUGUAAAGUAAGAAACGAGUGCAUAUUUCUUGAGUAAUAAUAUAACUCAUUGAUGUGGGGACAGAAUCUGUACGUGUAGCACAUGAUGCCAGUGCUUUAUGCCAUUCAAUAUUUUCAGGUUCUAUAGAAACUGGUUUUUUUUGUUGUUUAAAUGUACUGAAAGAGCAUUAUUUGUUUUCCUUUAUUCUCUUUAAUGAUUUUAUUACACUGAAGAUUGGCAGAACUCUGCAGACAACAUAUUUAUUUUUUGGUUGAAUCGACUCUGAAAGAAAUGAUCAUGUAAGGUCGCGCCGGCUGCAUCAGAAAAAUUCAAGUAAUGAGCUUUUAGAAGUGUACCACUCUUUAUGAUCAUGAAGCAUUCAGAGACACCAUCUCUUUAAAAUAAUUUCAAAAUCGAUGAGCUCUACAGCAUGAAUGAAACAUAGCUGAUAGUGUACCUGUGAGUCUGUGUGCACUUUACAUUGAAUUGCAGUGUAUAGUAACAAGAAGUACUGACGAAUAUUCAAGGAGUUACAAAUACUGUGCAUCUACAGUGCAGAGCCUCAUUUUGAGUCUCUUGUUAGAUGCGCGGCUGUGUUUCUGGGGGUUCUGUCAAAGCUGAUAAUGUGUUGAUUUCUUUUCUGUUUUUCUGUUUUGAUAAUGAAAGACUACAAAAAGCACCAGUAACAAUCAAGAUCUAAAAGAUUGAUGCGAUUGGAGAUACAGUGUGUAAUGUUUACCUCCUAAAGGACUCCAUCUUGCUUUUGCUUUUUGUUGUUUACUUCUUUUUUUUAAAGUUUGUAGUGGUGGUCAUCAAGAGAUGAACCUUUGCACUGUACUAUAUAUAAGGAAGUAGUACCGUAUUUAUAGCAUAAAACAACUCAAACUUGAUUGGAUAGAGAUAAAAAACUAUUUAUCUGAAUGAACAAUUCAGAAAAUAUUGCUUAUUUCUCUUUUAUCCCUGAUAGAACCUCAGUGUUUCUGCAGCAUUUGAUUUAGAAAAGUGCACACUAAAAAGUCUAAAAAUAGUUUACAUUUUGCAAAAAGGUGCCAUGUGUUUAGACAAUAAAAUCGUGUGCAAAAAGUAGAAAACGCCAUCAACAGCACAGUAGGUAAUUUAAAAUGUCACCAGUGUAGAUAGUAGGUGGACGCACAGUUAGCAUAUAUGACGAGGAAGUGAUUGCGUGUGACUGUGGAGCUGUAUUUUUUUUUUUUUUGUACCAUUAUCAUCAUCCUAAUGGAUUUUCACACAAGUCAUCACAAUUAUCUUCUGCUGAGUGCAAUACUUGUGGCUGAUGUAUAAAUUAAGGUGUAGCUGACUUCUUCACUGACUUGAGUUUAGGGUAAUUUGUUGUAAUUGAAGCUAUUUAUUUGCAGUUGUGUGUUUUUUGUUUACUUUCACAUGUGGGAAAUAAUUCAUACACAGACUGAAGCUUUUUAUUUGUCCGAUGCUUGUUAUGAUGAUUGUGAACAGGUUCCAUUUAGAUUUUAAUAGUGUUAAAGUUCUGUGUAUAGUACAACAUAUCAAAAAAAAAUAAAUAUUAGAUAUCUCAA